GAAGGUUGAAGGUGCAUGGAAAAGCACAAGAUACUUCGUACGAAAUUUCUUGGGUCGACGCGGAAAGAAAAAGUGUUUUUACUGGGUUGGACUCAAGAGGCAAGGCGGGAUCCAGAUCUGAGUAUGAAAUUUAGUUUGUCAGAAAGUUUAUUGGCUGAUGCUUCAGUUGAAUCGGUGAAGGCAUGGCGUUGGAGCUGGUUGGGGGAGCUGUUUUGGGACUUGUGUUUGAACAACUCCGAAAGGAAGUAUGGAGGACGAAGAACAACGUCGUGACGUUCAAACCCAAAUUGGAGGAACUUGAAGAAACACUCGAUCUGUUAUGUCCUGUCAUCGAAGAGAUUGAAGAACUAAAUAGACGAUUGAAGGGACCAGAUUACAGAAGAGAAACUUUUGCCUUGUGGAGCUUGCUAGAAGAUGGUACGAAGCUUGUUUCCAAGUGCUCCAAAAUACGAAGCUGGGACAUUCCCAAACUGUAUCGUCACAAGGAGAAGCUGAUGGAGCUGGAGAACAAAAUCCUGAGGUUCCAUAGCCUUCACUUGCAAGCUCACAUGGCAAGGGAUCAGAAGCAGACAUUGUUGAUGGUGAAACGCAUAUCCAUGUCUCUCAACCUGGCUCCUGAUCGUGAAGGCUAUCCAAGUCUUAAUACUGCGGAGGUUCUCUCCUUCGGAGCCACCGAACUCACAGUCUUUGUCUAUUUCCGUGGUGAUCGUGGGAAGCAGAAGGCGUUGAAACGCUUAUCUGGGAUCAGGGGAGUUGAUUCAGUAUCAUUGAACGCGGAGGAGCAAAUGUUCACUCUGAGUGCGGCGGCUAUAGAUACAGUCCAUACAGUGAUGAGUCCAAUGAAGAAGUGUAUUUGGACAGCCAUACGGUCAGUGGGACCAGCCAAAAGAAAGAACCAACAACAGCCUUUGAGGAUUUCAGAAUAUGAGGAUGAGAAGAACGAGAAUGGUGUUGGUCCUUCUUCUACUUCUCAUGAACCAACGAGAGCUGCUGAAAAGAUGACAACACAAAGUGAGCCUCCGUUAUCACAACUUCCUCACAUAGUUGAAGCAGUUGCUGCUAAAUUUGAGGCCAAAGAAGAACAAUUGAGAGCUGAGAAUGAAGCACGGGAGGAAGCACUGAGAGCCCAGCUAGCUCAAAACCAGGAGUUCAUUAAGCAAAUGAUGUCUCGAUUGAACAUUCACGUUAGUGAAGAUAAUUUUGAAACUCAUGUCCCUGCAAUCAGUAGCGGAGCUGCCGGCUCUCCCUUAGGGGUGGAGAGAGAAGGGUGAACCGGUAGGUGCCACAGCUCUUCCUAAUUUUUUUAUUUUUUAAAUUAGUAGUGGGCAUUGUAACAGUCAGGAUUAAAUUCGUAGGAAAAACCCUACAGUACCUGUGUGGACAGUAAUCGUGUUAAAAAGUUAAUGAUCAAGGUUUAUUUUGCUAUAAAUUUAAAAAUUUA